ACUUCCACUGUUUGAAGAUGGCAGACCCACGUCCAAUAUUCGAAUAUAAUGAAGAAUCUCAAGCAGACAAGUUUGCCAGGAAAUCCAAAGAUUCGCCGUUCAUGAUAGUAGGAAUUUUAGGUUUAAUCGGAGUUUGUGGUCUAGGUGCCUAUAAAUACAAAACCAAAGGCAAAAUGAGCACCAGUGUGUUCCUGAUGCAGCUUCGAGUAGCAGCCCAAGGCACUGUGGUAGCUGCCCUUACAGUUGGCCUGGCAUACACUUUAGCUAAAGAACAUCUAUUCAAAGACAAAAAGGAUUGAUGGCAUGUAUAUAAGUUUUAGCCAAUUUUCUGUUAUUGGGGAUCAUUGUGUAUUGUACAAUGUAGUUAAUAACAAUUGUAAUUCAUAUCGAGUUUUAGGUUUUCGCGAUUGUUACACAUAGGAAAUGAAACUAUUUUUCCGGAUUUAAAUCGCGUAUAUUUGUUUUUUCAAACAAACCGACAUUUCGGGCACU